AGCAGCUACGUAAGCUUGACACUCCAUUCCAGAAUCAGGGGGCAGAGGGGAGGGGAAUCGGAAUGGAGCUCUCGCCGUCUCCGUCGCCGGAGGGGAGGUGGGACGAUCUCCCCGACGACAUAGCCAUCGCCGUCGCCUCCCGCCUCCAGGAGGCCGACGUGUGCGCUCUCGGCGGAUGCUCCCGGUCCUGGCGCCGCGCCUGCGACGCAAACUUCGUGUGGGAGGGCCUCUUCCGCCGCCGCUGGCCGGCCACCGCGGCCGCCAUGGCGGCCGGAGGGGCAGGGGCUUCCCGCGCGCAGGGAUGGAAAGCUCUCUACGUCAACAACCAUGGAAGAACUGCUGUGGCUAUCUCUAGAGUGGUUGAAUUUGUGGAGAGCAGCACACACAACGGGUCGCUUGAAGCUGAAUGUUAUCUGAAGGCUAUGUCUGAUUUGGCAUUGAUGAAGGAUAUAGGCUUUGUCAAUGUCCAGUUUUUCUUGCUUUCAAGAAAUCGCAGUGCGAUAAUAAAUCUUAUUGGAUUGCAUUACUCCAUUGCAUAUUUGCAUAUACUGCCCAGUGAAGUGGAUAAAGCACUUCAAGCUUGCAAGGUAGCAGAGAGGAAGGUGUGUGUGAGCUUGCUCAAGCUUGGUAGGUGGUUCUAUGGUUUUAGGCUGCCCGAUGACUAUGAGUCGUACAAGAAUUCACUGAGUUGGCUCACCAGUGACGACGGGGCAAAAGUUCUAAUCAUUCUCAACCGUGGUGCUGUUCAUGAGGUAUUUCGUCUCCAGGUCAGUUUAGUGGGUACAAAUAACUGAACUUAUAGGAUGCAAACAUCUGUUCUUGGCUUGCUGGGCCUUUUGUAAAUAUGCCCAUCUUUUUGUAUCUUAAUGCCCUCGUGGCACUGUUGUGAUGUAAAUGGAACAAUGGAAAUGGGGAGGUACCAAACUAUGUAUACUGUUACUGUAUAGUCCGAUAUGCAUAAAUAAUAAAGUCACAUGAUGUGUAAUUUAGUGCA